AUGAAGAAUAUGACCCCGAAGGAAAAGGAAAUAGCUGGUAACCUCAAGGCUGCAUUAUGGUACAACGUUUCCAAGAUGGUGGAACACGAAGUUGCGCUGUUGAACACAAAUUCUGACCACGAAGAGGAAAUUACAGCCUCCGACACUUUUGUCGCCGGAAUGGUGGAAUUGGUGUACAACCAGGCACGUAAGUAUCAAGAGGUUAUAGACCGUGUUGACUGUAUGCUAACGAAAACAGUAUCGCUUGGAGAAGACCUGGAGUCGUUUGCAAAACAUGCCAAGAGGAAAACCAUCAGCCCGCAAGAUCUCUACAUGGUCACGCGAAGAAACAACGUGUUGACGGAGGAGAUACAAAAGUUCCAGAGAGGUGAAACAGUACAGGAUCCUGCUGAUGACGAAUUAUCCGAUCUUGACGAGGCAGAACUGUUGGAGUUGACCAGAUCGUAG